AUUGACGCGGUGGAGGAGGACCACUUUCUUCGUGCGCGCCUCUAAGGAGCAUUACGGCAGGGCUCGUUCCCGGCUCCGGCCGCCAGCCCCAGCCUCCCGGGUCCGGAGCCGGGACUGGCGGAGGCCGCGAGGGAGGGAGCGCGAACGACGAAGCUCGCGCCUGCCCGUCCGCGCCCAGAUCGCCGCCGCCGCCGCCGCGCCGCAGCAGCGAUGGCGGAGCGCCGCGCCUUCGCUCAGAAGAUCAGCAGAACUGUGGCAGCUGAAGUUAGGAAGCAGAUCUCUGGACAAUAUAGUGGUUCUCCCCAGUUGCUCAAAAACCUCAACAUUGUCAGCAAUAUAUCCCAUCACACCACAGUGCCCCUUACUGAAGCAGUGGAUCCAGUGGAUUUGGAAGAUUACCUCAUUACUCAUCCUUUAGCUGUGGAUUCUGGGCCUUUAAGGGAUUUGAUUGAAUUUCCUCCAGAUGAUAUUGAAGUUGUUUAUAGUCCUAGGGAUUGCAGAACUCUUGUUUCAGCUGUACCAGAAGAAAGUGAAAUGGAUCCACAUGUUAGAGAUUGUAUAAGAAGUUAUACUGAAGAUUGGGCAAUUGUGAUCAGAAAGUAUCACAAGCUGGGAACAGGAUUUAAUCCUAAUACAUUAGAUAAACAGAAAGAAAGGCAAAAAGGUUUACCAAAACAGGUCUUUGAAUCUGAUGAAGCUCCAGAUGGCAACAACUACCAGGAUGAGCAAGAUGAUCUUAAAAGACGUUCAAUGUCGAUAGAUGAUACUCCAAGAGGUAGCUGGGCCUGCAGUAUUUUUGACUUGAAAAAUUCACUUCCUGAUGCUUUGCUUCCCAAUUUACUUGAUCGAACUCCAAAUGAAGAAAUAGACCAUCAGAAUGAUGACCAAAGGAAAUCAAAUCGUCACAAAGAACUCUUUGCUUUGCAUCCAUCACCAGAUGAGGAAGAACCAAUAGAACGACUUAGUGUUCCUGAUGUACCCAAAGAACAUUUUGGUCAAAGACUUCUUGUAAAAUGUUUAUCACUCAAGUUUGAGAUUGAAAUUGAACCCAUUUUUGCAAGUUUGGCUUUAUAUGAUGUCAAGGAAAAGAAAAAGAUUUCAGAAAACUUUUAUUUUGACCUUAAUUCUGAGCAGAUGAAAGGGUUGUUACGUCCACAUAUACCACCUGCCGCCAUUACCACUCUGGCAAGAUCAGCUAUUUUUUCUAUCACCUAUCCUUCCCAAGAUGUUUUCCUUGUGAUAAAGCUAGAAAAAGUCCUACAGCAAGGAGACAUUGGAGAAUGUGCAGAACCAUAUAUGGUUUUCAAAGAAGCAGAUGCUGCCAAGAACAAGGAAAAACUGGAGAAGUUGAAAAGUCAAGCAGAUCAGUUUUGCCAAAGACUUGGGAAAUAUCGCAUGCCUUUUGCUUGGACUGCAAUUCAUUUAAUGAAUAUUGUUAGCAGUGCUGGAAGUUUGGAAAGAGAUUCUACAGAAGUAGAAAUCAACACUGGAGAACGAAAAGGGUCUUGGUCAGAGAGGAGGAAUUCUAGUAUUGUUGGCAGACGAUCACUUGAAAGGACAACAAGUGGAGAUGAUGCUUGUAACCUGACCAGCUUUCGACCUGCUACUCUCACAGUGACAAAUUUUUUUAAGCAGGAAGGAGACCGCUUAAGUGAUGAAGAUUUGUACAAAUUCCUUGCUGAUAUGAGAAGGCCGUCUUCUGUUUUACGGCGACUAAGACCUAUUACAGCUCAGCUGAAAAUAGACAUUUCUCCUGCACCUGAAAAUCCACAUUAUUGCCUAACCCCAGAACUGCUUCAAGUAAAGCUUUACCCUGAUAGUAGAGUUAGACCUACCAGAGAAAUUUUGGAGUUUCCUGCCAGGGAUGUCUAUGUUCCAAACACUACUUACAGAAAUCUUCUCUACAUAUACCCUCAGAGUCUCAAUUUUGCCAAUCGUCAGGGUUCUGCCAGAAAUAUAACCGUGAAAGUCCAGUUUAUGUACGGGGAGGAUUCAAGCAAUGCCAUGCCCGUAAUCUUUGGUAAAUCUAGCUGUUCAGAAUUUUCAAAGGAAGCCUAUACAGCCGUAGUAUAUCAUAACAGGUCUCCUGAUUUUCAUGAAGAAAUUAAGGUUAAACUGCCUGCUACUUUAACCGACCAUCAUCAUUUACUUUUUACUUUCUAUCAUGUUAGUUGUCAACAAAAACAAAAUACCCCACUUGAAACUCCAGUUGGAUAUACAUGGAUACCAAUGCUUCAGAAUGGACGAUUGAAGACUGGUCAGUUUUGCCUACCAGUCUCACUGGAAAAACCACCACAGGCAUAUUCUGUACUGUCUCCUGAGGUUCCUCUACCUGGCAUGAAAUGGGUAGAUAAUCACAAAGGUGUUUUUAAUGUUGAAGUUGUUGCUGUUUCAUCUAUCCACACACAAGAUCCUUAUCUUGACAAAUUUUUUGCUCUGGUCAAUGCUCUCGAUGAACACAUGUUCCCGGUGCGAAUAGGGGAUAUGCGAAUCAUGGAAAAUAAUUUAGAAAAUGAAUUGAAGAGCAGUAUAUCAGCAUUGAAUUCAUCUCAGUUGGAACCAGUGGUUCGAUUUCUUCAUCUUCUGCUUGAUAAACUGAUUCUUUUAGUUGUUAGACCUCCUGUCAUUGCUGGCCAAAUAGUUAAUCUAGGUCAAGCAUCUUUUGAAGCCAUGGCAUCGAUUAUAAAUCGACUUCAUAAAAACUUAGAAGGAAAUCAUGACCAGCAUGGCAGAAACAGUCUACUUGCAUCAUAUAUCUAUUAUGUUUUUCGCCUACCAAGUACUUAUCCUAAUUCACCAUCACCAGGCCCUGGGGGUUUGGGAGGAUCAGUGCAUUAUGCCACAAUGGCUAGAUCUGCUGUGAGACCUGCAAGCCUUAAUUUAAAUCGCUCCCGGAGCCUUAGUAAUAGUAAUCCAGAUAUAUCUGGGACUCCCACAUCACCAGACGAUGAAGUACGGUCAAUCAUCGGCAGUAAGGCUAUGGAUCGAAGUUGUAAUCGUAUGUCUUCGCACACAGAGACGUCAAGUUUCUUACAAACAUUAACGGGACGUUUACCAACUAAAAAGCUUCUUCAUGAGGAGCUGGCUUUGCAGUGGGUUGUUUGCAGUGGCAGUGUUCGGGAGGCAGCUUUGCAACAAGCCUGGUUCUUUUUUGAGUUAAUGGUAAAGAGCAUGGUCCACCAUUUAUACUUUAAUGAUAAACUCGAUGCUGCAAGGAAAAAUCGUUUUCCAGAACGUUUCAUGGAUGACAUUGCUGCUCUUGUCAGCACAAUUGCUAGUGAUAUAUUUUCACGAUUUCAGAAGGACAUAGAAAUGGUUGAGAGAUUGAACACAAGCCUGGCAUUCUUUCUCAAUGAUCUGUUGUCUGUUAUGGACAGAGGAUUUGUCUUUAGCCUUAUAAAGUCCUGCUAUAAACAGGUAUCUUCAAAGCUUUAUUCAUUACCAAAUCCAAGUGUCUUUGUGUCGCUGAGGUUGGAUUUUCUGCGAAUCAUCUGCAGCCAUGAACACUAUGUUACAUUAAACUUACCCUGCAGUUUACUAACUCCACCAGCAUCUCCAUCACCAUCUGUUUCUUCUGCAACAUCUCAGAGUUCUGGAUUUUCCACAAAUGUCCAAGACCAGAAGAUUGCAAAUAUGUUUGAAUUAUCCGUACCUUUCCGCCAACAGCAUUAUUUGGCAGGGCUUGUUUUAACUGAGCUUGCUGUCAUUUUAGACCCUGAUAACGAAGGUUUAUUUGGAUUGCAUAAAAAAGUCAUCAAUAUGGUACACAAUUUACUAUCCAGUCAUGACUCAGACCCACGGUAUUCUGACCCCCAGAUAAAGGCCCGAGUGGCCAUGUUGUAUCUACCUCUGAUUGGCAUUAUCAUGGAAACUGUACCUCAGCUGUAUGAUUUUACAGAGACUCACAAUCAACGAGGAAGACCAAUAUGUGUAGCCACUGAUGAUUAUGAAAGUGAGAGCGGAAGCAUGAUAAGCCAGACAGUUGCCAUGGCAAUUGCAGGAACAUCAGUCCCUCAACUUACAAGGCCUGGCAGUUUCCUCCUCGCAUCAACGGGUAGCAGACAACAUACUACCUUUUCAGCAGAAUCAAGUCGGAGCCUUUUGAUCUGUCUACUGUGGGUUCUCAAGAAUGCAGAUGAGACGGUUCUGCAAAAGUGGUUUACAGAUCUCUCGGUCCUUCAGCUAAACCGGCUAUUAGAUCUACUAUAUCUUUGUGUAUCUUGCUUUGAGUACAAAGGAAAGAAAGUGUUUGAAAGAAUGAAUAGUUUGACCUUUAAGAAAUCAAAAGACAUGAGAGCAAAGCUUGAAGAAGCUAUUCUUGGGAGCAUAGGAGCUAGGCAAGAAAUGGUGCGCCGAAGCCGAGGACAGCUCGGUAUGUACCCAGUAUCUUCACCUACUGAGAGAAGCCCAUCUGGAAGUGCCUUUGGAAGUCAAGAAAAUCUGAGGUGGAGAAAGGAUAUGACACAUUGGCGUCAAAACACAGAGAAGCUUGACAAGUCAAGAGCAGAGAUUGAACAUGAAGCACUGAUCGAUGGAAACCUAGCAACGGAAGCAAACCUAAUCAUUUUGGAUACUUUAGAGAUUGUUGUCCAAACAGUUUCUGUAACAGAAUCCAAAGAGAGCAUCCUUGGUGGGGUGCUAAAAGUGCUACUACAUAGCAUGGCCUGUAACCAAAGUGCAGUUUAUCUACAACACUGUUUUGCUACACAGAGAGCCCUGGUCUCAAAGUUCCCUGAACUCUUGUUUGAGGAAGAGACAGAACAAUGUGCUGAUUUAUGUCUCCGGCUUCUCCGACACUGUAGCAGUAGUAUCAGUACGAUACGGUCACAUGCCAGUGCCUCACUUUACCUACUAAUGAGACAGAACUUCGAGAUUGGAAAUAACUUUGCCAGGGUUAAAAUGCAGGUAACCAUGUCACUUUCCUCCUUGGUGGGCACAUCUCAGAAUUUUAAUGAAGAAUUCUUAAGACGUUCUCUAAAGACUAUAUUGACAUAUGCUGAAGAAGAUCUGGAAUUGAGGGAAACAACAUUUCCUGAUCAGGUCCAAGAUUUGGUUUUCAAUCUCCAUAUGAUUCUUUCUGAUACUGUUAAAAUGAAGGAGCACCAGGAGGAUCCUGAAAUGUUGAUUGAUCUAAUGUACAGAAUUGCCAAAGGCUACCAGACCUCGCCAGAUCUGCGGUUGACCUGGUUGCAGAACAUGGCUGGCAAACAUUCUGAACGAAGCAAUCAUGCUGAAGCUGCACAGUGUCUAGUCCACUCAGCAGCCCUUGUUGCUGAAUAUUUGAGCAUGCUGGAAGACCGGAAAUAUCUUCCUGUGGGAUGUGUAACCUUUCAGAAUAUUUCAUCUAAUGUUUUAGAAGAGUCUGCAGUCUCAGAUGAUGUGGUUUCUCCGGAUGAAGAAGGUAUCUGCUCUGGAAAGUACUUUACUGAGUCAGGACUUGUGGGAUUGCUGGAACAAGCAGCUGCUUCUUUCUCUAUGGCUGGCAUGUAUGAAGCAGUUAACGAGGUUUACAAAGUACUGAUUCCUAUUCAUGAAGCUAAUCGGGAUGCAAAGAAACUAUCAACGAUUCAUGGUAAACUUCAAGAAGCAUUCAGCAAAAUUGUUCAUCAGGAUGGUAAGCGGAUGUUUGGCACCUAUUUUCGUGUUGGUUUUUAUGGAACAAAGUUCGGGGAUUUGGAUGAACAAGAAUUUGUUUACAAGGAGCCUGCAAUAACCAAACUUGCAGAGAUAUCUCACAGACUGGAGGGAUUUUAUGGAGAAAGAUUUGGAGAGGAUGUGGUUGAAGUAAUCAAGGACUCUAAUCCUGUAGACAAAUGUAAAUUAGAUCCUAACAAGGCAUAUAUUCAGAUUACCUAUGUGGAGCCAUACUUUGAUACAUAUGAGAUGAAGGACAGAAUCACAUAUUUUGAUAAAAAUUAUAAUCUUCGUCGUUUCAUGUACUGUACACCCUUCACUUUAGAUGGUCGUGCCCAUGGAGAACUUCAUGAACAGUUUAAGCGGAAGACCAUUCUGACUACUUCACAUGCCUUUCCUUAUAUUAAAACAAGGGUCAAUGUCACUCACAAAGAGGAGAUCAUCUUGACACCAGUUGAAGUUGCUAUUGAAGACAUGCAGAAGAAGACACAGGAGUUGGCAUUUGCAACACAUCAGGAUCCAGCAGACCCCAAAAUGCUUCAGAUGGUACUCCAGGGAUCUGUGGGCACAACAGUGAAUCAGGGGCCAUUGGAAGUUGCCCAGGUUUUCCUAUCAGAAAUACCCAGUGACCCAAAGCUCUUCAGACAUCAUAAUAAACUGCGACUCUGCUUCAAAGAUUUUACUAAAAGGUGUGAGGAUGCCUUAAGAAAAAAUAAGAGCUUAAUUGGGUCAGAUCAAAAGGAAUAUCAAAGGGAACUGGAGAGAAACUAUCAUCGCCUUAAAGAGGCCCUGCAGCCUCUGAUAAACAGAAAGAUCCCUCAGUUAUACAAGGCAGUAUUGCCUGUCACCUGCCACAGAGAUUCCUUCAGUCGAAUGAGCCUUCGCAAAAUGGAUCUCUAAAAUAAAAGCACUUGUUUUAUUCAUUUGAAAAGAACCAUGUAUUCAACUUUUGAGUGUGAAAAGUUAAGAUCUAUUGAAAAAGAAGACUUGGGACUUAAUUCUGGAAAUUAUAGCAUUAAUUUAUUCAUUGAAGACUGCAGUGGCCAAAAUGGUAUCAAAUGUAGACUGUUAAAAAGUUUGAGAAUUAUGGCUGUGGUUUCUAAUGUUCUGGUAAUAUGCUGUUACCCUUUUAAAAGACAUUUUAAUGACUCAAAGGUACAUUAUACAUUUACCAUUAUUUAUAGUAUAGCUAAUGUUAAAUUUAGUUUAAGUUCAUAUUUUUUAAUUUAUAUUACCAUUUAUAGAUUCAUUUUGGAACCAUUUUAAAUGUAGUAAUGCUUAUUUUAAAGGUACUAUUAAAUAUGUGAAUGUUUACACUAAUUUUACUGAGUGGGACUUUUAAAAUUUUACCUUAUUGACAGAGGUAGAGCGUAAGUUAGAGUCGAUUCAAGAACUAGUUCCAAUACUAGCAAAAUGAAAAUCAAGAUACUUUAUUAGCCCAAAAAUAAAUUUAUGAAUGAAUAGAUGGAGAUAGAUAAGGGUAACUGGUUUGUGGAGACUUAGAGCUGGUUUCUAUUUUCCAUUUAGAGACCCCAAAAAGGAUAAUUAAGAAUAAAUUGUAGGAAUAACUUUACCUAAUAAAACUUUUGUCUGUAAAUAAUGAUUAAAUACUGGAAUAGCUAAUAUUAGUGACAGUAGCCUGAUCUUUCUGACUCUCAACCUUAUUAAGCCAGUGUCAGCAGUAUGAACUUCAUGACUCUGAGCAACUAACAUGAGUCCUGUUCCAAAUUAAACAAGGCAGUUAAGUUACUAAUGAUCGAAGUCUGUAAGUCAGAAAUCUACUUUAAAGUUAUUUUGCAUCACAUAAAGGUAAGCUAGAGAUUGUCAGUUGAAUGAGAAGUUAGAUGUGUAGAUUUUACAAAGAACAUACAAAAAUUAAAAUUACCUGCUUUAAUCAAAAUAACCAAUUCAUUUACAAUUUUAACUAUAAUAUGAAAAAUGCAGAAAAUGUUUGAGAAAUACAUUUCAGUUUCCUGUCACGUUUUCCCAAGAUAUAGUACACAUUAAUGAUUUCUGCUAGUCUUUGAACAAUGGUUUUUUUCCUUCAUAUACUACUGUAACUUAUAGAAUGAUGCCAUCAUUUAUCAUCUGUCCCUCCCUUUGAUCUACUGAUCAAAGUUACAUGAAUCACUUAAGAACUGGUCAAAUUUAAUACAGUGCCUUCAUUGUACAGUUGUAGAGACAAGGUUUCAAAAAUGUCUGAUCUUCCUGAUAUCCCCACUUCUAGCCUACCUUUAUAAUGGGUAAUAUUAUCUUGAAUCCUUAUCUACAGCAAUUCAAAGACUGUGAAUCACAAAGAGGUUUUUCAGACAACUAUACAGUAUUAGACCA